AUGGCGGCUUCCACGGCUACCCCACGAGGGUCCGUGGCUCCACCCAAGCGGGGAAUCUUCGGGGGUUAUACGUUCAAGCUCAACCCCCCGAGGGACAGCACCCUGACGGGAGCCGGAGAGAGGGGGAGGAUGGACACUGCGCCUGCCGCGCCGAGCAAGAAGCCGCGCACCUGGGCCAGUGCCAGUGCCAGCCAAACCGGCACGGGGUCCAGCGGCGCCGCCACCACGCUUGCCGCCGACCCGAUCCUGGUGGAGGAAGAGCCCGCAGCGGACAGCCCAGCUGCAGGAACCGGGACAGAGGGGGACAAGGCUCCCGCUGCCAGCACGGCGGCCCCGCAAGGCACUGUUGUGCCCUCAACAGGGGCAGGCGAGGCGGUGAUCGACCUCCCCUCCAACGUCGAGGACGUUGGGGCGGGGGACAAGCCAGAGGCGGCCUCCGUCGCUACCGAAGCGGGGCCCGGCAGCACGCCCCCGGCCUCGCAGGCCGGAGCUCAGGCUCGCCUCAACGAGAAGAGUGAGCUGGUCAGCAGCUACUCCUCCCAGCUCCAGGUGCUACGCACAAAGCUGGAGGAGCAGGCUAAGGCCGCGGAGGAUGCAGCCGCAGCGUCGGCGCGGCAGGAGAAGGAGCUCAACUCCGCCAAGGAGAAGAACGCCCACCUCGAGUCAGAAUUGUCCACCGCCCGGAGUGAGCUCGUCAAGAUGGGCGAGGACAAUGUGGCCAAGGCCAAGGAGAUGGCGCGGUUCGCGGAAGUCCUCCGCAAGGCCAAGCACGCGGUGGCGCUAGCGCGCAGCAACCACGACAAGUUGGCGAGGCAGCGGCGGGAGGAGAUCGAGAAGCAACGCGAGAUCGCCCAGGCGGUGCACGAGCUGCAGACCGCGAAGGUGGACGGCACGGAUAUGAUGAGAAUCAUGAAUGACCGUCAUGUGGACAAGACGGCAUUCUUAAGUAACAAUACUGAGAAUGUACAUGGAUGGAAAAAUAGUGGUCUUUGCCGCAAGUCUCGGCUAUGUCGAUGA